AUGAAUUCAUUGAUGAUAGUGGGUUGUACCCUUCUAGUGUAUUCACCCACAAAGCAAUUCUUUUUCCUCCACCUCCCCUACAUCUUGUCCUGCCUUUCUAGUCCCAAGUGUGUUUUUCUCUUGGUCAAUGUCAUUGUGGUGUUCUUGGUGGGAGAAUCAAGGCUCAGUGGCUACAACAAUUCGCGGAGAUCUUCUUCAACGAGUGAUUUCUACGACGAGUACAUCCGAAGAGCUAGAGCUCAAAGGAAAUCAAUCACAUCAUCCUCGAGUGAGAUAGCAUCGAUCGAGAGCGAGACAAGCGAACAAGAAGAACAACAAGUACUGGUGAAUGAAGAUGCCAAGAAUGGAGAUGAAGUGGAGGAGCAAGUCGAAGAGAAAAUAGAGGCAGCAGUUGAAGAAGUUGAAGCAAAGGGAGGAGGGGAUGAGCUGAAUAGAAGGAUAGAGGACUUCAUUGCAAGAGUUAACAGGCGAAGGCAACUUGAGAUCCAAUCACUUGUUUCUUGUAAAGCUUGA